UCCUGAUGAAAGAAAAGACCAAAAUAAACGUUUAGGGGGGGCCAACUUGAGCAAGUGCGAGAGUGAAAUGUCUGGGAAGUCUAAUUUCACAAUCGACGAUGCCUUUGACCCAGAUGACGAUGACAUUGUCCGCACGUACGGUUCUACGACGGAGAGCACGCCGCUGAAGCCACGGACGCAAGACAUGACAGCCACCGACAGCGUCGUUGUUCGGGUCGAAGAACCCAGCAGGGACCGAAACAGCUGCAGCAACAAACCUCUCAGCAGGCUGAAGCUUCCGGAAGACAACCUGUCAAAGGAUAGCGACUCCUUGAUCCAGUGUGACCCGAACUUCCAGAAAUACGACGCCAGGGAUGGGUGGUGGACGCACCCCAAAGUGCGCGAAAACUGGAGAGUGAUGCUGGCCGCGUUUGGCCUUUUACUCACUGGCCUAGGCCUCAUUGCUACUGGGAUAGUUGUGCAAGUAUUGCCGAGAGUCGGUGUACAAGGUUUGGUCUUUUUUAUUGCUGGUGCCAUCUGCUUCAUUCCUGGAGCAUACCACGUGGUGUACGUGUAUUGUGCCGUGAAGGGGUGCCGUGGCUAUGACUUCUACAAUCUACCAUUGUUUAACUAGACCGUGACUGUGGGCAAUCUGUGUUGACCAAAGUGGACCAGACCGAUUUUAUGCCGUAGAACAGUCUGCUGUCUUCCCCGCACUACUGUCUCCCGUCAUUUUUGGAGGCUUUGUGUGGAGGUCGCUGGCAGUGAAAUGCCGAAGAGUUUUAAAGCCAAAGGAACUGUUGUGUGUGUGAAUAUGUCGUGUUGUGGUAUUUAUUAUAGGCUGCGUAAGAGCAUUCUUGACUUCAUGUCCAUGAAAUCCAACGGGCCCCUGCAGAAUGUAGUAUUUACUAGGGCAGGGAAUUGCUCAUUUGCUCACAGAGGUCUGGAUGCCAAUUUUCGUGGAAAGAAAGAGAAUUGGUACCUGUCAUUCUUUUUUCCUCUCUCUGAUCGGGUAGUGAACCUUCAUACUGUGGUGUGACAUUCCCUGUGCUUGCAUUGCCAUGAGGCGGCCUCCAUGCACUUUUGCCGUUAGCCAUUCAGUUCAACUGUGCCAGCAUAGUGCGAGAGACGAGUAGCCAUUGGGGCUGAGGAAGCUUGUGUAUGGCUCGAGCAUUGCACCACAAUGGCCGUGAGUUUUUAUGACGAUUCAAGAUGUUUAGGACUUCUCUUGUGGCAGCUCCAAGUGGCAUUUACAGAAUUCAUGUUUAAGUGUGUGUUGUCUUGCCUUUUUCAAGCUACACUCACUAAUGCCAUUAUCUAGCACUGUCAUUUCUGUCUAAAGCGCACUGCAGCUAUGCUUGCCACCAAUAAUGCCGCCUUACAAUGUGGUACUGCUCUCGGGUUCCGCAAGCUGCCGCAGGGUGUAUGUUUGCUGUCUGUGCCUGGCGGUGAACCGUUGUAAUGCAACGCUAUUUGUACGCAUUUCUUCAAUUGCCUAUGACACAAGGUGGAUGUGAUUUGCACAGGGUUGACGCUGACUCCAGGUCAAAAUACUCUCUGGCUGUACCGCUAAGUUAAUACCUUGCGAGGCCUCAUUACCAGGCAUUUGAGUGUGGCAACUAUAUUGUCAUCAAGAUCACCUUGUUUUCCUGCCGCUCACAUUACAGGCAGUGAAGCAUUCAGCAGGUAGCAUUGCAUUUCGUUACCCACAUUCAUUAUUUAAUUAUAUUGCAUGUCAUCAUUGCAGUACUCUGCUGUACAACUUUUUCUCUCAGUGUGCUAAGUGAAACUGUGACCCACACCACAUGUUCAUGAGAACUGUGUGAGCUGCCUUUGAGUGCAGCUGAGAUGAAAGAAUUUGGCUGAAUGUUGCAUUGCCAGGUAUACAUGGUUCUUUUAUCUGUAAUUCUGGGUUGUUAGUGCUCAAAUUUUGGAUAGAGGUGGCAUUUUCUGAUGGGUGUUUUAUUAUAAUUUGAUUGAAUUGAUUGCCUGUUUCGUACGAUAUACAUAUUUAGUAUGUAUGCAUUAUCUGCAAUUAUGAAAGAACAAAAAUUGGCAGCAGAACAGUGGUGCUACCUAUAACUUUAUUGGUACAUCAAGGCAUACUUCAUGGAUUGGUUUAUGACAAAUAGUGGGCUAUCACGGCUCUGUUUGUGUGAAUUUUAAACUGUCUCGUAGCAUCAUCACACAAUGCGCUUUCAUACUUUGUACAAAACAUGUCAGUAGUGCACCCAAAUGUGGUAUUCAGCUGUACUUGCUGCAAUAUGCCAUCUCUGUGCAAAAUUUGAGCCAAAAUGCACAAUCUGCUGAAUAGGAAGAGUGCGUACCUGGCCUUCCCCUUUGCGCGACAUUCGGCACAUGUUGUGUCGUAUAGUAUGGCUUGCAACAUUAUGGUCACACAUGAUGGUGUGGGGGCAAGUUAUUUUAGAUGACGUAUUUUGAUUGUGUGCCAACAUUAAGUUUCUCAAUGUUCCUAGGACUGUGUAUCUAAGUUUACAUUUAUAGCGUUUGUGGUGCUGCAAUUGAUAUACCCUUUCUUUGUAAGCGGUUGCAUGCUUUGAUGGUGAAUAGUAGUAGUGCCCGAGUGUAUGUACUCUUGUCAGCACCAUUGUCCAUGCAACUGCAUCUAUCUAGUCUCAUCAGAAUUGCAGCUUCUUUUUUGGAUGUAACUGGGCCUUGUGUAGUAUACUCUUAUUUUAAGUACUGCAGAUGUUUAGAAUCCUAAACAGGCCAAAGUGCUGAUAACAGCCCUUCAGCACUUCCAGAAUUGUGCAACAUUGCAAAAGCAGCCUUUCAGCUUUUUCCAGUUGAUAGAAGAGGAAGGCAUUGUGCUAAGAGCUAUAGUAAUGUUCAGUGGGGCAUCAGCGGUGAUCAUGUACGUGCAUUGUCAGCCAUAUAAAUGGCAGGGCCACGGCCCUAAUUACCAUGUUUCUACUUGAUCAGCCCUAAUAACAACAAAAUAAGUAUGCAUAGAUGCAGUUAUUAAAAUUGGGUCAUCUUUGAAUUUGUGAUUAGUGUUUUAUUGAAACUAAAUGUUUUACAAUGAAGUGUGCUGUUUCACACUGUGUGCAAAUAAGGUUAACGGCAAUGUUUUCCCCUGAUGUCAGGCUUUUCCGACAAAUCUCUUUUUAGACUGACAUGUAUAUUUUUCCGCAUGUUUUGCGUGUGCUCCAUGUUCUGUUACAGUGAAGUGUUUUCCUCACAUUUAUCAUCUGUAAAUGGAAAGCACAAUUCCUUUUUCGGAUUUUCAGCAAAGGUAUUGUAUGGAAUAGCCUUUCGAAGCCUCAUGCUGUCUUUGAACCCUUCAAACAUGUGAACUUGGGGACUUCACUGUGGCCAAAUACCAUGCAGAAUGUGGUGCAUUCCAGCCAUAUUAUUUUAUUAAAAAUGCUCACUGUUUAUCAGAGCCUCAUGUACAAUUCUUUGUAACAGAGCUGUAAUAAAUACAAAAUUCUUCA